AUGCCAAGAAAUCGCAAAGGGGCUGAUUUGAGCCGCUGUACAAGUAAAGCUGGAAACUUGCGAAAUAGCAGAUCCGAAAGAACAGAAGAACAAAUCCAGCAACAAAAUACUGAUGCACGUGUCAGAAUGGCGCAAUUGCAUCAAGAAGAGCCAGAAGAUACACGAGCUGAACGCAAUGAAGUCAGAAGAUUAGAACAACGACAAUCACGCCGUUUCACAGUCAAUAGACGAAGAACAAAUGACCAACAACGACAACAGGUACAUCGAGCAUUUAUAUCUGAUUCAUUCCUGCGUCUAGCAUUCCAGUAUGAGCCCGAUAUUGAAUAUUAUGCUCAUUCAAAAGUGGUAAUUGGUGCUAUGGACAAGGAAUGUCCGCAUUGUCAUGCUCUGAAAUUCAAAAAUGAGCCAGCUGGGAUGUGUUGCGCGUCAGGAAAAGUGCAACUACCUGAAAUUGAAACACCACCUGAACCAUUGAACGGCUUACUUAUCGGCACGGAUCCAGAUUCUAACGUGUUCCUGAAGUCAAUUCGAAGAUUCAAUUCAUGCUUUCAAAUGACAUCGUUCGGAGCAACAGAAAUAGUUCGAAAUACUAAUGCAAAUGGUCAACAAUUCAAUUCUACAUUCAAAAUCAGAGGCCAAGUUUAUCAUAAAAUGGGCUCACUGCUGCCAAUGCCAAACGAACCACAUAAAUUCUUACAAAUCUACUUUAUGGGCGGCGAGGAUUCCGGAAGCGCACUUGCCAAUCGCGUGAAUGCACGUUGUGAUUAUAAUAACCUUGAUUCACUUUAUGCCAGGCGCAUCAUCAGCGAGCUAGAUGCUCUUUUGAACGAGCACAACGAGUUGUUGAAAAUAUUCAAAUCACAUAUGCACCAAUUACAAAGCGAUAAUCACGCUAUCGUCAUUAAUCCUGAUAAAACACCAGCUGGAGAGCAUAUUCGUAGAUUCAAUGCACCCGUUGUUGAUGAUGUUGCUGGAAUCAUGGUUGGCGAUUGUACAGCUGCACGAGAAAUUCUGAUUCGAAAUAAUAAUCUUCAGUUCAUUGCUGACACACAUCGUUCAUAUGACGCUCUCCAAUAUCCGCUAAUAUUCUGGAAGGGACAAGACGGAUAUUGCAUAAACAUAAAAUAA